ACUAGGAGCAAGAACGCUACUAGGGGCUCCUGGCCUUACUACUAGGAGCAAGAACGCUACUAGGGGCUCCUGGCAUCGCUACUAGGAGCAAGAACGCUACUAGGUGCUCCUGCCACACACGCACACACACACAUUCAAGAUUUGGGGUGUACGAUCUGAAAGCAUGGUAAAGACAUGGAUGUUGACAUGUACAUCCCCUCCGCAUGUUGAUCAUUGCAGGUGGUCAUCAUGCACACUGGAAGCUCAGGUGCAACGAAGAUGUGCCAGAAGCUUUUACAAACCUCGCCCACAAUGAUUCAUGAGAAAGUGACGCCUUCCCAAACAGCCGAUCGCCUUGUGACUGCCAUGGACAAGAAGCUGCAGGUGCCCCCUCUAACCUAUGUCUUGAAACCCUUCACCCAGCAGGGCCUGGUCGACGUGGCAGUGAAUCACGAACUGGAGCUGCAGUUGGGCAGUGAGGCCACCAAGCAUCGGGUGGGUCAUGAUGGCUUGCUGUGGGUGGGCAAACCAUCCUCCAAGCCCAAAGUGAGCGUGAAACGUCCGGCGCACGCUGGCUUGGAUGAAUGGUGGGAGCAAGCCGCCGAGGAACCAGUGGAGUUGCCCUACAGUUUCGAUCCGGAUGCGAUCUACACGCUCACAAUGCCCCUCAAGAAAAAGGAGGUGCAGAUGGACACGAACGCAGGGAAUGCAGUUUGAGAGCAAAGGCCAGGACCUACUUUCCGCGUAAACACCUGACAAAGGCAAGGCAUGGCCAAGCCAGUCUGAGCUGCAAGAGGUGUUUGGUUGUUCAGCAAAAGCCGGAUAUGUUUCACAGAAUGCCAGACUAAAGGAACUUUGGCAUUCUUGACACUGAUCUAUGGGGAAGCUUGACCCGACGUGUAUGGCAAGACGCUUGCGGACAAACGAGGUCCCUUGAGCUGUUUGUAUGCAAAGGAAGGAACUGAGAAGAAACAUGAGGAUAUCCUUACGAAAGCCAGCCGAUAGCCUCGCCCAUGGACGCCCCACAGAAAUCUUUGCUCACUGUUCGGCAAUCGCAGGAUCAUAAUCUUUGCUGUAGACUUCCCUCGAUCUGCUCUUGGCGGCGCGA